AUGAUAGAUCACCUUCUAGGAAGACCUUCUCCUUCAUGGAAACGAUUUCAGGUGUUUCUUGUUUCACUUACCUGGUUUUUUAUCUUAUUCAAAAUCGAUCGUCGAGGUCCAAAAUUUCUUCAUAUAUGGAAUGAAAAAUUAUCAAGAUUCUCUCCAUUUCAACUUGUGGCCGGAACUUUGGCUGUAUUAUACAUCUUGAAAAAUGCCGAUCGUAUGAUAGGACUCGGAGCUCCUGAGCCACUUGCACGAUUAUAUAGUCGAAAUUAUUAUCGAGCCACGUGGGUCCUUACUGCGUUAGACGCCGGUUUUUGGACUGCGAUGUCAAUUCGUCCAAAACAAAUUCGAGAUAUCAUGAGCAUUCUUUUUUCUAUUUAUUAUCUAAUAUUUGCUGAUCAAGCGGAUGAGAAGACUAGACGAAUACGUGCUACAAUUACUGUCGAACAUCUUCGUACAUCAUGGGAAAAAACUUCAAACCCUUAUUUACGAGCGUUAAUAAGGUGUACACAUCCACAUUUAAUUAUUCAUCAAAAAAAAAUUAUGAUUCCUCGACCAGAAAAUAGUCAAUAUUGUUCAAAAAUGGUUACUGGUUAUAUAUAUUAUGAUGGUCCUUUAGAAUCAUUCAAAUAUUGUGACACCUUAAUACUCAACUUCCCUGGUGGUGGCUUCAUUUCCAUGCCUCCUCCAUGUCAUGAAGACUAUUUAGCUCAGUGGGCUAAGACGACCAAAGUACCUAUUUUAAGUAUUGACUACGGGAAAGCUCCUGAAUAUCCUUAUCCUUAUGCCCUAGAAGAAUGUUUUGAUGUUUAUCGAAGCAUAAUCAAAAGUAAUGGAGAUGUAAUUGGAAUGGCUGGUUGGAAAGAUAAGGAUGGUAAUCCGAGGAAACAAAUAAAAAUAGCUUUGAUUGGUGACUCUGCUGGUGGGAAUCUUGUUGCGUCAGUCAUGUAUAAAAUUCUUGAAUCCCAAAUGCCUAUUCCCCAUCCCAGUGGUUUGAUUCUCAUCUAUCCGUGCCUUAAUUUUGAUAUUACUUGCUGGAUGCCACCAUCUCAGCUUUCGGUUAUUAGAGCUGAAUCUACAACUUCUAUUCCAGGAGUACUUGAAUCUAAAGAUCAUCUGAGUCAUAAGAGUCCUUUGUCUGUAGUUCCAGAUGUUAAGAGAAAAAGAUGGAGAAAGAGUUUUUCAAGGUCGACGGACGAUGAAAGAACCAUAGAAGAACGUGUCCAAGUGAUUGAAGGUCAUAAUGUCACUGAACAUAAUGAAAAACGUUCACGUCCGGUUAUUGGAACUCGUUUAACAAUGACCAGUCAUGAAUUGUUAGCGCAAUUUCCAAAAACGUAUCUAAUGUGCGGUGAAAAAGAUCCGCUCGUUGAUGAUACUGUUGUAUUUGCAGGACGUAUACGUGAGGCUAAGAGAAGAAAAAAGCCGUCAGGUAAUAGUCGGAAAUUUGGUGAAGGGUUACGAAUAAGCAACCUGAACGAAGAGAUUGUUAUAUCGGAAGAUUCUGAAGACUGGGUUGAAGUGAAAAUUAUUCAAGGUGCUAGUCAUGCAUUUUUACAGAUGCCAUCACUGUUGCCAGAGAAUAAAGGUGCCAUCAGAUCCUGUGCUUUAUGGUUACAUGAAUGUUGCCAAGAUAAAUUAUUGGACGAUAUAAAUACAAACUGUAUAGAAUUAAUUCAUGAAGAUGAAGGCUUGACAUUCACCUCACAUCGUUCAAAAAAUAGUGGCAUUGCUAAUUUUAAAGAGAACGAAAACAGAAAAUUAACUCUCCAAGAACCUGAUCAAAUCCAAGAUUCCACCACAAUAAAUAGUAAUUUACAUGCAUCACAAUCACUUCCAAAUACAUUACUACAGUCACAUGAUAAUAUACAAAAAUCAGCAUCCACUACUGUUUUAGCACCUGGACAUGAACUCUGGGAACAAGAGAAUAUACUGAAUGAAAAUGAAAUUUUAAAAAGACGACGAGAUACUUUGGUUAGAAAUUUAGCAGAAGGCUGUAAUACUACCACCACCCUCGACCAAUCUAUAUCGGAAAAAAUAACUAAAUAA